UUCCGAUAACCUGUGAAUAGCCUGCCGUUUCAUAAUUCAUUCCAACUUAACAAUUUCCUGCUCAAUUUUCGGUCCCUGUUUUUCUUUUUCUUUUGAGAAAAAGGUUUUUUUUUCGUGACAAAUAGUUUUUUCACGUUUUUCGAAAUGGUCGAGGAGGAGGAGGAAGUUGCCCCGUCCGAGGACAAUAAUCUAUUUAGCAUUUCAAUCGAGCCUGAAGAGAAAGACGAGUUCACAAAGAUCCUCUACCGGAGGGAAAUAUCGAUUCUUCCUGAGGACGGUGAAGACGAAGGUUCAUUUGGUUAUAAAGAUGGUGCAGAUAAUCAAAAAGACAAUAGAAAAAGAAAAUACCCACAGAAAUCUAGAUUCGGAGGGGGUUUUAAACGUUAUCACAUUGAAAUAGAAGACAGCAAUGUGAGGCCAGGGGUCAUAAGCAUGAAAUUAAGAGAAGCGCUCGGUCUGAACCAGUAUCAGCUACCGAGGUUUAUCUAUAAUAUGCGAUCCAUAGGUUACCCUCCUGGCUGGCUUGAGGAGUGCAGACAGGGGAAUAAUUCAGGCAUAAACAUGUUCGAUUCAAAUGGUGAAAGAGUACCAAAUCAGAAUGAGGAAGAAGGGGAGAUAGUGGUUGAAAAGACGGAUUACGACUUGUCUAAAAUAAUCGAAUACCCUGGUUACAAUGUCUGGCCUAAUGCGGAUACACUCAAUGAAACUGAAAAAUAUAAUGCUCUGCCGAUGUAUCGUGAACACAGCAAGGAAUUUUUUAUUGAAUGUUUAAAAAAGAAAAUGGAAGUGUUAAAUAAUUCACCAGACAGUUCAACAAGGGAUAUGGAAACUGAAGAAACAGAAGAUGUUCUUAUAGACACUAAAUGUACGAAUUUAGUGUUUGUUCCUUCCCUGCCGGAAUGUGAAGAGGAACAGCCUCCUCCUCCAGGCGAAGACAAAAAUGAUGAAAUUAAAGACAACUGUGAAAAUGCUGAACAAGAAGAUGCAAGUACACCUAAAUUUACCUCCAAGAAAAAAAAGAAAAAGAAAAAAAAAGAAAAAUCCAAGAUGUUAGAAGACAAUGAUGUAAAUUUUCCUGACGAUUCUUUGAAUGAAACACAUGGAAAAGUAAAGUCUGUCGAAUUUGGAACUCCUGCUUUUAAAUUACAUUCGCCUUAUACAAAACUCCCGCCGCCUGAGGCCUUCAGCAAGGAUAUCAGCGAUGUUGAAUAUUUUGUAAAUCUUCCUAACGCUACUGGGAAAUACGAACAGUUAAAAGUAGUCCUCAGUUCUGUUCGAGCCAAGCUGAAUCAGCUGAAAGAAUCCAAAAAUUGAAAUAAGUUUUUAUCUAAUUGUGAUAUUUAGUUUGCAUUUUUGAUUUUGUUUCAGUUUUAUAACAAU